AUGGACCAAAUCGUAAAGUUCGUAGAGCCUGGCAGACAGUUCGCUAAGGAUUCUAUCAGAUUAGUGAGAAGAUGCACUAAGCCAGACAGAAAAGAGUUCCAGAAGAUAGCAAUUGCUACAGCUAUUGGUUUCUGCAUCAUGGGAUUCAUUGGUUUCUUUGUUAAGUUGAUACAUAUUCCGAUCAACAACAUUAUUGUAGGCUCAUAG